CUCGCAUUCAAAAGGGCGCAUCAUGAAACGCUUUAUUGUGUUUACACAAUCCCUAUUUUCUGUACCGCCAGCUUCAAUUCCUAACAGUCCGCCAUGAACGCAUUCCUCAGGUCCUCCCGCUCUUCGACUCCAAGAGCAGCGCUUCGGUUUUCGUCUCUUAAACACAAUGUUGUUCUCAGGCGGAACCUCAUGACUAUUAAGUCCCCUCUGUAUACCGCCCACGCAACCGCCCACGGUAAAGGUCGCGAUGGCGAGGUCAAAUCCGACGACGAUGCUGGUCUAUCUGUUCGCCUCGCCACUCCGAAAUCUCUCGGCGGGAAUGGUGACGGUCAGAACCCCGAACAGCUACUGGCCAUGGGCUACGCAGCUUGCUUCUUGACGGCACUCCAAGUCUCGGCUGGAAAGAUGGGCAAGUCAGACCAGGCGAAGAGCGCCACGGUGCACGCGAAUGUCCAUAUCGGGGAUGCGAAGGAGGUCGACGGAUAUGGGCUUUCGGUGGAUUUGAAGAUUGACGGAGUUCAGGACCAGGACUUGAUCGACGCUGCGCAUCAGUUGUGCCCGUACAGUCGCGCGUUCGCGCAUGGUGCCGUGGUCAAUGUCUCCAAAUGAGGUUUUUAACCUCCUCGAAGCCAGCAUCGUAAACUUGACUGUGGCAGCAAUAUGUAGUGUCUCCGUAUGACUUUUCUCUUCUGUCGUGUCAUCGUACUUCUUGUGUUUUCACUUGCGUGUCGACCCAAUCCGAGCAGAACCUCACGCCUUCGC